AUGAUCUGUUUUGUCUCGGAAGAUGAGCAGAGCGCCCAACCGGAGAAACGCGGACCGCUAUACAUAUCCUCCUACGUGCUUCCCUUCUCAUCAACCACCAACCUGCCGGGGCCGGGGUCCAGCCUCGCCACCCUCAUAACCAUGUUCGGCAACAAGGGGCUGUCGCCGCGGGACAUGACGGCGCUGUCCGGCGCGCACACCGUCGGGCAGGUCCGGUGCACCACCUUCCGCGACCGCAUCUACAACGACGCCAACAUCAACGCCUCGUUCGCGGCGCUCCGGCAGCAGACGUGCCCGCAGUCAUCCGGCGGCGGCGACGGCACGCUCGCGCCCGUCGACGCGGCGACGCCGGACAAGUUCGACAACUACUACUACCAAAACCUCAUGAGCAGGCAGGGCCUUUUCCACUCCGACCAAGAGCUGUUCAACGGCGGGUCGCAGGAUGCGCUGGUGAAGAAGUACAGAGGUAAUGCUGGCAUGUUCGCCGCCGACUUCGCCAAGGCGAUGGGGAGGAUGGGCAGCCUCAUGCCGUCUGCAGACACGCCCAGGGAGGUCAGGUUGGACUGCAAGAAGGUCAACUGGACGACGAAUCUUUGCUGA